AGCUAUAACGUCCAAUUCUAAUCGUGACACGUCAUUUGAUCCGAUAAAUAAUAUCCAGCGACAAAUGAUCCGGUAGAUAAUAACCCGGUGACAAAAUAACCGGCAUCAAAAAUAUCCCGUGACAAUGAUAACCGGCGGUAAUCAGUUUUCUGGUUUUCGUGUUGUAUACAGCACAUUAAAACCUGUAAAGUUUUAUUAAACGUUUAUUGACUAAAGUUUUACUUUUAAUAAAAUUAAAUAUGCCACUCACAUUUGUUAAGAGUCAAAAAGGCAAAAAACUUUUAUCAUUACAUGGUUAUUUACAUAAUAUACAUAAAAAAUAUGAUGAAAAAAUUGUGUGGCGUUGCACGGACUACAAACAAUUUUCUUGUAAAGGCCGAUGUCAUACUACAACAGACAGUGAAUCAGGGGAGUUAAUAAAAGAAACGGAUCAUUGUCAUUCACCAAAUAUUGCUCAAGUCRAAGCUAAAAAGGUGGKUWAUUCUAUGAAAGAAACAGCUGCAAAUGAACAAAAAAACACAAGAAGUAUUAUCAGCGAAAAUCUCGUAGAUGUACCUGUUCCGGUAAUAGGACAAUUACCUACAACUAAAGCGUUAUCUAGAAUAAUUCAGAGAAACGAUUUGAUCAUUCCUGAUUUAUUUAAAUACCCUAAGAAAAAUGAAUUAUUUCUAACUUAUGACAAUGAAAAUAAUGAAAACAGAAUUCUAAUAUUUUCGACUCAAAGUAAUUUGAUUGAGCUUCAAAAAUCCGAUAAUUGGUAAAGAACAAAUAAUGCAGUAGAGGGGUGGCAUAAUGCAUUUAAUUCUUCCAUAGGGGUUCAUCAUACAACAAUAUGGAAAUUUAUUAAUUUUAUUAAAACUGAACAAAACUUGGUAGAAGCUAAAAUAGAAAAAAUUAACUUAGGAGAAAGCCWUGCAUCAAAAAGAAAAAAAUAUAAAGAUUUGGACCAGCGAAUAGAAACUGUUGUAUUAAAUUACCAAAGAGGUGAUAUAUUAAAUUAUUUAAAAGGUAUUGCUCAUAAUUUAAAUUUUUAAUCAUAAAUGAU